AAAAGAGGUAACACUUGUCAAUUCCCAUCUGAUAAAGGUUUAGUUGCAGUUCAAAAAGAUGGCAAGAAUGGUGGUUGGGCCAUGCAUAAUGAUCAAUCAUGUACAGCUGGUUCAUGGUGUCCGUAUGCUUGUCCACCAGGUCAAUUGAUGGGACAAUGGGAUCCUGAUGUUAAAUCUUAUUCUUAUCCAGGGUCUCAAAAUGGUGGUAUUUGGUGUAAUGAUGAUGGCGAAAUUGAAGAAAAAAAAUCUGGUAGUUAUUGUUAUGGUGGUAAAGGUACAGUUAUUGCUAAAAAUCAAGUUGGUGAUAAUGUUGCAUUUUGUCAAACCGUUUUACCAGGUAAUGAAGAAAUGUUGAUUCCAACAAAUGUCGAUGGUAAUGGUAAAAAAACUUUAGCUGUUCCAGGAUCUGAUUAUUGGGCUGGUACUGCUGCUCAUUAUUAUAUCAAUCCUCCAGGUGUUUCCACUGAUGAUGGUUGUAAAUGGGGGUCAACUGAUCAUCCUUGGGGUAAUUGGGCUCCUUAUGUUGCUGGUGCAAACCAAGAUGAUAAUAAAGAAACUUUUGUUAAAAUUGGUUGGAAUCCAGUUUAUUUAGAAGAUUCAAGUCCUUUCAAGAAUAAGAAACCAGAUUUUGGUAUCAGAGUAACUUGUGAUAAUGAAGAUUCAUGUUCAGGUUUACCAUGUUCAAUUGAUCCAAGCAAAGAUGGUGUCAAUGGAAUUGGUAACAACAAAGGUUCCAGUGGUGCUGGUGGUGGUGAUUUCUGUGUUGUCACUGCAAAGAAUGGUGCCAAAGCUAAUAUUGAGAUCUUU